GAGAAUCCCAGGUGGAGUGAGGAUGACUGAGAUGAUAAAGGUUGAAGCAGAUGAACCUGGAGGGUCCAGCUUGGAGGACCCCGUACCUGCAGCAUCCACAUCAGAGCCGGAGGAGGAAACACAAGACAACAAAGAUCUUAUGUUGGUGAAGAAAAAAGAGGUUCCCCAUGACCAGGGACUCAUAAAGGAGGAAGAGGACGAACUGUGGAUCAGUCAUGAGGAAGAGCAGCUUUCCGUGAAGGUUGAAGAUGAAGAGAAACUUCAGCUAGCAGAGCUUCAUUGCAACCAAACUGAGGACAGCAGAGACACUGGAGGUUCAAUCAGCAGCUCAGCUGAACAAAUGGAAACAGAACCUGAAGAAGACUUUGGAGAAGCAGAACCAGACAGAAACGGGUAUCUGUUUCACAGUAAGAUGACCUUUCACAAAAAGGGUGAACGAAUUAAACUGUGUUCCAGACUUGCUGCUGAGAUUAGUGUAAAAGAAACAACAUUUAGUUGCAAUUCUUGUUGUGAAAGAUUCAAUCAGAAGACUUUCGACUCUGCAAUGAGAGAGCUUGGCUCCGAUCGUUGUUGUAAAAGAUGUGAAGAAACAACUUCUCUUCAGACUCACAUGACACUUCACCCAGGAGAAAGACCAUUUGCCUGUGAUAGUUGCGGAAGGCUUCAUGCAAAUAAAUUAUUUAACGAGAACCUGAAUGUCCACUCUGAAGAAAAACCUUUUUCCUGUGAUGUUUGUGAAACUAGAUUUAAAAGAAAGCAUCAUUUAAAAGGCCACAUGUGGAUCCACACUGCAGACAGACCCUUUGCCUGUAGUGUUUGCAGUAAAGGGUUUUCUCAGCAGAUGCGAUUAAAGAGUCACAUGCGUGUUCACACCGGAGAGAAACCUUUCAUUUGCAGCAUUUGCAGUAAAGGAUUCGCUUUACGGGAGAAUCUAAAAAGACACAUGCAUGUUCACCAAGGAGGGAAGAAGUUCAUUUGUAGAGUUUGUGGUAGAGGCUUUUCACUACAGCAGACUCUAAAGAGACACAUGAAUGUUCACACAGAAGAGACACCGCUCAUUUGUAGUUAUUGUAGUAAAGGUUUUCAUCAACAUUGGUUACUGAAGAAACACCUGCUUGUUCAUACAGAAGGGAAACAGUUUACUUGUAAUACUUGCAAUAAAGGGUUUUCAUUCCAAGAGAAUUUAAAGAAACAUCUACAUGUUCACGCAGGACAGAAACGGUUCGUUUGUAGUGUUUGCAGCAAAGGAUUUUCAAUCAAAUAUAAUCUAGACAGACAUAUGCUGGUCCACACAAGAGAGAAACUGUUUAUUUGUAGUGUUUGUAGUAAAGGAUUUUCAGAACAUCAUCAUCUUAAAAGGCACAUGAAAGUUCACAGCGGACCGUUUAGCUGUAGUGACUGUAAUAAAUGUUUUACAAAUAACAUCCAGCUACAGCGACAUGUGAAACUCCACAUGGUGGAGCGGCCAUUUGUCUGUGAAGUCUGUGAAAGCAGAUUUAUCCAAAAGUGUCAUCUUGAAAAACACAUGAAAGUUCAUACUGGAGAGAAACAGUUUAUUUGUAGUGUUUGCAAUAAAGCAUUUUCACUGAAAGAUCGACUAAAGAGACACAUGCGUGUUCACACGAGAGGAACUAUUUGUAGUUGAACAUUUUGUCAAUACUCUUCAGAGAUUAUAGUCAUCUACUCUGCUUUUAUGUUCAAACCUCUGUUUUCAUUUCUGAUUCAACUGUCUCCACGCUGCAGUAACUCUGGAUUUCACCCUGAUGUCUUUACAUUAUCAUCUAAUUUCCACAGUAAAUUAAAGACUUGCAUGUACUAAGUA